UGCAGAGGAGCUCUUAAAUUUUAUACGGUGGUCGGCACAAUCAUACUAUUGCAGGUCUGGCUGUUGCACUCAAACAGGCUACCACUCCAGAAUUUAGAGCUUAUCAAUAGCAAGUGUUGAAGAAUUGUGCUAGAUUCUGAAAGUGUUUGGUUGAGAAAAGCUACGAUCUUGUAUCUGGAGGAACAAACAAUCAUUUAGUAGUAGUACUGGUGAACCUUAAGACCAAGGGAAUUGAUGAUGGAUCCAGAGCCGAGAAGGUGCUGGAGUUGGUACAUUUUGCAGCUAACAAAAAUACAGUACCUGGUGAUGUGUCUGCCAUGGUUCCUGGUGGCAUCAGGAUUGGUAUUGGCUUCGACCCCAGCCCUCACAUCAAGAGGAUUUGUCGAAGAUGAUUUUGCUAAAGUUGUAGACUUCUUUGAUAUGGCUGUUAAAUUGGCAUUGAAAAUCAAGGCUGAAAUAAAAGUGUACAAGAUGGCGAACUCUCUCGCGAGGUACUCUUCCUGUUCCGAGCAGAAGAAGCCCUGCGUCCGCUGGAUCGACCGCUACUUCAACGACUGCGUCUGCACCGCCGCCGGCGAGUUCUCCUUCGCACUCGGCAUCGUCAGUCUCCUCUGCUGGGGCGUCGCCGAAAUCCCCCAGCUCGUCACCAACUUCCAGACCAAGUCCGCCCACGGCGUCUCCCUCGCCCUCCUCCUAACUUGGGUCGUCGGUGACAUCUUCAAUCUAGUUGGCUGCCUUCUUGAGCCAGUGACAUUACCUACGCAGCUUUAUACGGCUCUGUUAUACACAGCGACGACAGCGGUGCUGGUGCUUCAAUCUCUGUACUACGACUACUGGGUGAAAUGGUGGAAAAGCAGGCUUGUUGAUGCCGCUGAAGAUGGAGUGGAAGAGGAGAUCAGAAGGCCUUUGAAUCAUAGUACAAAGCUGGAGGAGGAGGAGGAGGAGCCGAGCAGGCCCAUUCCGACCACUGCGCCAGCUAAAGCAGCGUCGCGUACUGAUGUACACUACACGUCAGCAAGGUCAUUGGCGAGCAGCGGAACCCCGUCGCACGGAGUGUCUUACCUCGGCUUCCGAAGCGGUCCUUCGGCGGUCUCCAUCUUCCACGAUUCGUCGUCCGAUGAGGACGAGGACAAGCCAGCUCCGAGCCAAAACACCACCGCGGUGUCACCGUCAGUUAGCUAUGGGGCUUUCGUUGCAAGUGUGGUAAUUGGAUUACCAUUCCAAGCUAAAGCUUCGAUGCAAAGAACAAUUUUACAGGAUAUUGAGUUGAUCAGUUCCUCUGAAGAUGGCAGAGUUUAUGGUCUUAUAUUAGGCUGGAUUAUGGCUGCAAUUUAUAUGGGAGGCCGUUUGCCUCAAAUCUACUUAAACAUGAAGCGGGGAAGUGUCGAGGGAUUAAGCCCUCUAAUGUUCAUUUUUGCAAUCAUCGCGAAUGCAACUUAUGUGGGAAGCAUACUUGUAAGAAGCGUGGAGUGGGAAAGAAUCAAAGCUAAUGCACCUUGGUUGCUGGAUGCAAUAGUUUGCGUGUUACUGGAUCUAUUUAUCAUGGCCCAAUUUGUGUACUACAAGUUUGGUUGCAGAAAAGAACAGUGGAGUAUGGAAGAGGAAGACGCCGCAGUGAAGGAAAAGGUUCUUAUAGUUUGAGGGGAUUUACCCAAAGUUAUGUCGUGACUUGUUUUUCUAUUAUGUAUGCAUGGUUUUGUGUUAUGUUGAUUGACGAGAAAAUAAUAAGAUGGAUUAAUGUCCUUUAAA